AUGUAUUCAGAAAACUGGACCCAAGUGACAGAAUUUGUGCUGAUUGGUUUCCCUGGAAGCUGGAGUCUACAGAUCAUGCUAUUCAUAGGGCUUCUGGUGAUAUAUGUCGUGACAAUUCUAGGGAACUUGCUCAUCAUUGUGCUUAGCUGGACUGAUCAUCGCCUGCAAACCCAGAUGUAUUUCUUCCUGAGAAAUCUCUCUCUCCUGGAGCUGGGGUGGGUCUCUGUUGUGGUCCCCAAGAUGAUGGUCAGCAUCAUCACCAGGGACUACUCUAUCUCCUUUGCUGCCUGCAUCUUGCAGUCCUACCUCUAUUUCCUCCUGGCCACCAGUGACUAUUUCCUCUUAGCUGUUAUGUCUUUAGAUCGCUAUCUGGCUAUCUGUCGUCCAUUACAUUAUGAGACUCUGAUGAAUGGUCCCAUCUGUAUCCGACUAGUGAUAGCCUCCUGGAUUUCUGGCUUCUUUUGGGUGCUCUGUCCUACCAUCCUCAUGGCUAGCUUACCUUUCUGUGGCCCCAAUGUCAUUGACCACUUUUUCUGUGACAGCUGGCCAUUGAUGCAACUCUCUUGUGGGGAUACCCAACUUCUGAAGUUAGUGGCAUUUAUACUUUCCACAGCUGCUCUUCUAGGUUCUCUGGGACUGACUUCUGUAUCCUAUGUCUGCAUCUUUGCUACUGUCUUCCGAGCUCCAACAGCCAAAGAAAAGAGGAAAGCAUUUUCCACCUGUGCUUCACACCUUGUUGUGGUUGUCAUUGCCUAUGGAGGCUCCAUCUUCCUCUACAUUCGUACAUCAGAGAGCCAGUCUAUGUCACUAAAGAAAGGGGCCUCAGCCUUAGUAUGUAUCAUUACUCCACUUCUGAAUCCAUUCAUCUUUAGUCUCCGUAAUGAUAAGGUGAAGCAGGCCCUAUGGGAUGCCCUGAAGUGGCACAGGAACAUAGGUGCCAGAAGAUUAUGA